AUGGCUGGCGGUUCAAGCAACAAAGACUACAACAUGAAACUCAUAGACACUCUUUAUAACCAGGUGCCUGCAUUCACUGAUGUAUUUGACGAGGAAACAUGGUACAUAUUCGUGUCUUGCUUUGUAGCGGGGACUUUAGUGCUCACUUUUAUACUAUCAAGAUUUAUAACCUUGAAACCAGUGGAGUAGAAGUCAGGCCAAAACAUAAAAUCGAAAGAUUUUAUUUCCUCUUUUCCAUUGAUCCAAGUAUUUGUGAUACAUUUGUUAGUUACAGUGAGUUUCAUCAUUUCCGUCUUUUUUUUUCUUUUGUAAUCCUCGAGAAGAAUUUAGAAAACGUUUUUCUAGUCAGUUGUUAACGAUGGUUCUAGUAUCUUGUUAUAAGGCAGGUCAAAUUACGUGGCUCAAAGAGUCUUUUGUUGUUGUCCGUUGAAUAAAUGUACCCACCACA